ACUUCGCGGCGCGCAGGCGCACCACUCGUACACUCACUCGCGCCGCGUCCGAAGGAACCCCAGAUCGGGCCCUGGAAUAUCCAUCUGCAAAUAGAGAAAAAAUACACCCAUUGAAUCCGUGCAAUCUGUGCUUUUUUUUGAAGUGGACAGAAAUCUGUGAAGAGCACCCGCCACCUCACCCACACCGCCAGAGACCUCGCCAGAGACCUCGCCAGAGAACAAGAUGCUCAAGUGGGCCGUCAACCAGCCCCGACCCUCGUACAUGGAGGAGACCACAGCCACGCCAAUGCGCAGCGGAGCUGGGUCUGCAGCAGAAGCUAGACCUAGACUUGGAGCUGGAGCUGGAUCAGGGGCAAGCAGCUACAGCGAGUUCCAUGCCCUGCGGGGAAAGCUCAAGCGGAAGUCCCUCUGCCUGGCCCUCGCCCACGGACAGGGGAAGGAGAACCAGCUGACCUCGACGCCACUGCCAGCCAGCUCCCUGCCCGUGCACCCACGGACCCCGCUGCUCAAGGACCUCAGCAAUAUGAUGUCCUCGCCCCUGACUACGCCCACGCCCACGCCCACACUCCGCCCAACCGCCUACGCCUCCACGCUGCCGACCUUCGAGGCGGAGUACUCCCCGAGCGCGGCCAUCAUACCGGGUCCGCUGCUCGCACUCCGCGGCAUGGGCAUCCCCGACAGCUACUUCGAGAAGCCACGCUACCUGGAGCUGAAGCCCCUGCCCCUUCCCCUGCCCGUGCCCCAGGCCCCUGCCACGAAGAGCGGCCAGACCACGCCCAGCUCCAGCCAGAUGGGAGACGUGACCCUGGAGCGGAUGAUCGACGCCAUUCUGGAGAGCACCCGCAAGGCGCCGGCCCCCAGGCAGCCGCGCCAACGUUUGCGCCAGCGACACAGACACCACCCCCUGAGCAGCACCACCUCUUCCUCCGCCGCCGCCGCUGCCGCCACCCACUCGCCCACCUACCGGCCCGCCUUCGACCCGGCCAGCGACCUCUGCGAGUACUGGAGGUCACCCCACGCGAGUGGCUACGAGGAGCGGGAGGUGCGCUCCCCCCAGCCGGCUACCGUCGAUGGACAGCCGCAGUCCCAGUCCCAGUCACCGUCACAGUCCCAGUCCCAGUCCCAGGGGAAGAGGCGAUCACUGCAGCUGCGGAGGCAGCGCGUGGUGCGGCGCAAACGGAAGAUCGCGACAAGAAUCUCCUCCAGCGUACGGCAGUCGGCCCAGAAGCUGCUGGCGGCCGCCCGCUCCGCCCAGAAGAUCCGCCACAUCAGCCCCGACAGCGGCCACAACUCGACCAGCGACUGCGAGCUGGACGAGGAGCAUCCGAUUCCCAUUCUGGCAAUGGGAUUGGGAUUGGGACUGGGCGGCGAGGAGCUGGAAGCCUCGUGCCAGCUGGAUGCCAUGUGGAUGCAGGCGCAGGCGCAGGUCAGGGACGCCACCAAGAGACGCCUCAGCUUCUCGAUGUCUGAGGCCAGCUGAGGCUCUUCUCUGGGAGACUCGAAUUUUUUUUAUAACUUUUUUUUAUAGCCGUAAACAUUUUUUUUGUCGUAUAAUCAUUGUAAGGAAUAAAUCAUUUUUUAUGCAA